UUUCCGACAGUCCAUGAAGGCAUCAGCAGAGCUGAAUUUGACACUUCUAGCUGUGCUUCAAGCUAAUGUUCAGCAUGUCUGAGAAGGAACUGGGGAAAAAGUGGGACCGAUGCCUGGCAGACGGUGCCAUUAAAUUCGGCACUGGACUCGGGUUAGGAAUCGUUUUUUCUGUUCUGUUCUUCAAAAGGCACACAUGGCCGAUUUCCUUCGGCUCAGGAGCAGGACUUGGCAUGGCAUAUGCCAACUGUCAGAAUGACCUGAAGUCACAUUAUUUUCUGCACAGAGGCGAAAAGGAACAAUAGCUACAAGUCAUCGAGGGACUGUCUUAUUCAUUUUUGGGAUAUUUUUGUUUUGUUUUGUCUGUGGAAGAGUCACCAUUUGCACUGUUCUGCAGUUAGAUUUUUGUCUCCCUGUUGGACGAUCCUUCCCUAGAAUGACUCUGUAUAAGUUGUAUGUGCCUAAUCAGGACAGUCUGUGUUUAUUUAAUAAAAUUAUCAUUACAAAAAU